AUGGCGACAAAUCCAUCAACCGAGCCUUUGCCUCGUAUUCAAAGCACGGAUUUGCAAGAAGAUGAGGAUUCCAUCAUCUGUAACCAAGAUGAGGCCGAGGCAAUAUUGCAACCCGCUUUAAGUGAAGCUGCUAGACAUUUGACCUCACAAAACACACCCGCCAUCGAGAAGGCACUGGCAUUGGACAAGAGUCGGGCUGGUUUCUUUGGCGUGCCCACAGAUAGAGCUGGUGACACAAGUCCUGACCUCUCGUCUUCACCAGAGACGUCGCCUCAGGUACCGCAGUUCCCUGCUUCAGCCAAGUCUCCCGUGCCCACGUCGCCUGAGCCACCUCAAUAUGCCUUGCCUUCUCCGUGGCAAGCUCGACCGAAGCCACCAGUGACCAAGGGUCAUACGAGCAGACCGUCCGGAAGUAUUCUGGGCAACGCGUUGGCCCCUGCUAGGAAUCGAUCCAAGUCGGCAGGGCAGGAGGCAUUGAGGAGACUACAGAGAGCGUUACCGUCUCUUAGUCCGCCUACACAUCUGUUACCUUCCAUGUCAAACUCGUUCUUCUCAAGUUCCCAGGAUAAAUCGAGUGCAAACCAUUCAACCACCUUAAGUUACUCAUCCCCAACAACCCGCCAGCAUUCACCUCGAAUCCCUUCCAACGCUCUAGGUAUCGCCCAGCCAUUAUCACAACAAAUUCGAAGGCCCGCUUCCAACCUCGAGCAGCUAAACACACCAUCUCCCCCUGUGCGACCAAAGGCUCUCAGACGAGUCACAUCUGACGACACCCGUCUAUAUCAUAGUCUGUCUCGCACGUCUUCUCUUGGUGAUGAUGAACGUUUCCAGGACGUCCGCGAGAUGGUCAACAUUCGGUUCAUGGCCCUCAAGGAUAGUCUUCCAGAUGUGCCAAACUUCAAGAUGCCCAGUCUCCCUAAACUUUACAGUCAAGCUCGAAAAUCGACGAUUUCGCUCGGUACAUCCCACACUCCCGACACGCCACUUAACCAUAGCCAGGUUCCAAAAAGUCUUGACAUCGACUCGCAAGAUGGUUCGGCUGUCCUGGAUCGGGUUUUAGAGUCUUUGACGGGCGACUUGGUGAUCAUGGGCGGUUACCGUGGCUCAGUCCUGCGAUCCGCCGAGCCACCUUAUCACCAGGUUUGGGCCCCCGUGAAACUCGGGCUCAAUAUGCGUAAAGUCAACUUGGAAGUCGGGUUGGAGGAUGAAGAUGAGGAGCGUAUGGAAGAGACCAUCAAACCUGAUGGCAUGUUAAAGCACAUUGGUCCUGUCGACGUCUCUCGAAAGUUCAUCAAGAAGCUUCGUUCAUGUGAUAAUGCUAAAUCGGGUAAGCUACGAAUCUGGGACUACGGCUACGAUUGGAGAUUGAGUCCUCGUCUUUUAUCCCGUAAGUUGCAAGAGUACCUCCAAAAGUUACCUUCGAAUCAACCCGGGACACCAGCCGGUUCGCGUGGAGCUCUUGUCAUCUCUCACAGCUUGGGGGGCAUUAUCACACGCCAUGCUGUCAAUCAGAGACCCGACCUCUUCUCAGGGGUUCUGUACUGCGGCACGCCACAGCGUUGUGUUAACAUCUUGAAUCCACUACGUCAUGGGGAUGUUGUCCUGCUAAACGAGAAGCUUCUUACGGCGAGCGUCAACUUCAGUAUGAGAACUUCUUUUGUUUUCCUCCCAGAAGACGGGUUCUGCUUUGUAGAUAAGAAUACGGGAGAGGAGUACCCUAUCGACUUUUACGAUCCCUACGAGUGGAUCAGGUGGCAUCUGAGCCCGUGUAUGCAGCCUGCUUUGCCGCCUCACAACCGCCCGCAAUCCUCGUCUUUCUCGUCCUUCCUUCCAAAUUCACUAAGAGCCCGUGCCGAGAGUAGAAGCGAGAAAGGCCCGCCUUCGCCAACGGCAGUUGCUCAAGACCACAACCCUAUGGCACCACAGCUCAACGGGAGCGGUGCCAAAGUAGAGGAACAGAAGCCAUCAGACUUGGAACGCAAGCGUUACUUAAACUACCUCGGUCGAACUCUUGCCGCGACACGCAAGUUUCGAUCCGAACUCGCCCACUCGCCUGCGCACCAAGAAACCAAUGCCUACCCCCCUCAUGCUGUGCUCUACAGCAAGAGUAUUCCUACAGUGUAUGCUGCCCAGGUCACUAGCCGCGAAGGAAUUUGUUGUUCCGACGCUUACGAUGAUCUUCUAUUUCGACCGGGAGAUGGCGUUGUGUUAGCGAAAGAAGCCAUGCUUCCGGACGGUUAUUCUAUUGUUCGUGGUGGUCGGGUUUGCACCGAGCGCGGUCACAUCACCAUGCUUGGCGAUAUCCCGGCUAUGGGCAAGGCACUUGAAGCAGUGGUCAGGGGUCGCCGGAAGGGCAUCGGCAUGGGAGUCGGCGGUGACGAAGCAAAAUAG